ACUCGGGGCUGAGCUUUUUAAGUACGUAGCGACUAGUAACUGAAAAUACAGUUGGUACCACAAAGACGCCACAUCUUCCGGCGUCCGGCGUUUACAAAGCACGCGUUUAUCGAGCGUUGCCUUCUGAAUUUUUGAAAAACCACAAUAAAAAUGUCGUAUAAGGGACCGCAGAAAGUUCAAAAGGUGAUGGUACAGCCCAUCAACCUUAUAUUCCGGUACCUUCAAAACCGUUCGCGUGUGCAAGUUUGGUUGUUCGAGAAUAUCAACCUUCGCAUUGAGGGACACAUCGUCGGUUUUGACGAAUACAUGAAUUUGGUAUUGGACGACGCUGAGGAGUAUCAUUUGAAGACGAAAAACAGGAAACCACUGGGACGUAUUAUGCUCAAAGGCGACAAUAUAACAUUAAUACAAAAUACGAAUCCAGGGGCAAAUUAAAUUUCGCCGAAGAUCCUAACCUCAUGGGACAUUUUCGAGAUAACAACAAACGUAUUUUUUGAUGUCUCGUGUGAACAUCACGCGCGUGAACUGUAUAUGAGACAGAAGUGAUGUCAAAGAACAUUAGCCGAGGACAAUGUUGACACCUUUAAUGCUGUACAUGUGAUGCGCGAGGAUUAGGAUGAAAAAUGACAAAUUGAUUAGUACAAAUUGUCACUGACUGUCGCUGUCAUUUGAAAAUGAUAAUAUUGUUCAGUAAUGAAGUUGUAAUUAGUUUCUACAUUUCAAGGAAUCUAGGAAAUUUGUACUUUAGGAACUAUUUCAAGAAAUAACUACGAUGCUCGUUCUGUUUACACAGACAAUAUCAAACUGUAUUCCAUUUUGUACUAUUGUUUAUCCUCUGUAACAACUGUAGCUGUAAAUAAUUCAUGAUAAAACAGUUAUUGUAAGACAUGUGGAAUUGACCUGUGCUUAAUAAAUAUUUU